GAAAGCAGGAAUCAAAUGUCCGCCGCCGAGGCGCUCCUUGCUAAUGCCGCCUCCGGCAGCAGCGGCGGCGAUCGCCUGAGCAUCGACGAUGCCCUCGCGCAGCACGCGGGGGAGUUCGGGCGGUGGCAGCUGCGGCAGUUCGUAAUGGUGACGGCGGCGUGGGCGCUGGAGGCCAUGCACACCAUGGUCAUGAUCUUCGCGGACCGCGAGCCGGCCAUGUCGUGCCCCGCGGGGGACGGGCGGUGCGGCGACCGUUGCGCCGGCGCUGCGGCCGGGUGGGAGUGGGAGCAGGGGAGCGGCUCGUCGACGGUGGCCGAGUGGGGCCUCGUCUGCGGCGAGCGCUACAAGGUCGGCCUCGUCCAGGCCGUCUUCUUCGUCGGGUGCAUGAUCGGCGCGGGCGUGUUCGGGCACCUCUCCGACUCGUUUCUCGGCCGGAAGGGCUGCCUGCUGGUGCUCUGCUUCCUCAACGCCGUCUUUGGUCUCCUCACCGCGCUCUCCCCGAACUACUGGGUCUACGCCGCGCUGCGCCUCCUCACGGGCUUCAGCACCGGCAGCGUCGGCCUCUGCUCCUUCGUCCUCGCCACGGAGCCCAUCGGGCCCUCCCGCCGUGGCGCCGCCGGCAUGUCCACCAUGUACUUCUUCUCCGUGGGCAUCGCAGCCCUCGCCGGCGUCGCUGUGAUGUUCCAGUCCUCAUGGCGCCUCCUCUAUGCCGUCACCUCCCUGCCCUCCCUUGCGUACGUCUUCACUGUCAUGCCGUUCGUCUCCGAGUCUCCGCGGUGGUACCUUGUGCGCGGGCGCGCCAACGACGCCAUGCGCGUCUUGGGCGACAUCGCGUCCGCCAACGGCAGAUGCAUCCCGGACAACGUCGUGCUCAAGCUUGACGACGAGGGGGACGACGUCAACGGCGCUCAGGUUGGCACCGGAGAAAAGGCCGAGGAGCUGUCGUCGUCGGGCACAAUCAUAGACGCGUUCCGGUCACCGACGACGCGGAUCAGGCUCGUGCUCUCGGUGAUCAUCCACUUCCUUUCCGCAGUGGUGUACUUCGGGCUGAGCCUCAACGUGGUCAACCUAAAGACAAACCUUUACGUCAGCGUCGUCCUGAACUCGCUGGCCGAGAUGCCCUCUUACCUGCUCACCGCGAUGCUUCUUCAGCACUUCGGCCGCAAACCAGUCGCCAUCGGCAUGACGCUUCUCAGCGGCGUCUUCUGCACGGCGGGCAGUCUCAUCGCCGGCGCCGGCGCCGCGAGGGUGGUGAGGACGGUGUGCGGGGUGGUGGGGAUCUUCGGGAUAUCGGCGACAUACAACCUGUUGGCCGUGUACACGGCGGAGCUGUUCCCGACAGUGGUGCGGACGGCGGUGCUCGGAUGCGCGAUGCAAGCGUCGCAGAUGGGUGCCAUACUUGCACCCCUGGUGGUGGUGCUCGGGGAGCGGCUGCCGUUCGCGGUGUUCGGCAUGUCGGGGAUCAUCGGCGGGCUGUUGUUCUUAUGCCAGCCCGAGACGAUGAACAAGCCCUUGUAUGACACCAUGGCUGGACUCGAGAAAGGAGAGAGGGUGUCUAAAAGUGAAGACGAAGGUGCAGCAGAGAACUCCGAAAUUUAG